AUGGCGCCAGGAACAGACGACAACACACAAAACGGGCGGCCAGCGAUAGCCGUCAUGGAGCGGGGCGAAGACGAGGAGCGAAACGCAGGCGAUGCAGCGGAGAGUCCGGACGCAGUCUCUGAAGAUAUGCUGCGCAGUGGAGGAACUGCAGCGCAACCUGAGACCAGAGAGACGCCUGAGCCUUUUGUCGUGGUCACCUCUUAUCCUCGCAGUUCAGGGCCGAAGAGCGCUGCUUUGUCAAUCGUCGAAGGAGGACCUCAGUCCUGCCAGCCGUUUUUUGCUUCCGCCGCUUCUCUGUCGUUUUCAUUUCCGUCUUGGUCUCCUUCGCUAGCGCGGAGCGCGUCUCUCGGAGCCGACAGCAGGCGCGAUACCCACGAAGACCGCGCAGUCCAAGCAGGCCCUCGAUCCGUGUCCUCUCCCGACGGAAAUGCGUGGGAGCCUCAAGCCGAGUAUACGCCGGCGCGAACGAGCCGAGCGCGCCGCGCAGCGAGUCAAGAAGACGAUCUGGAGGGCGUUCCUCCUUCCCCUGAGCGGCCUGUCUGCGCGGCCGCCGAGGCGCAGGCGCCUGGGCGGGGGUUUGCGCUGCCCCGGCGCCACGCUCCGGCUGCGCUUCCCUUCCACCGCCAAACACAGAAUGACCUUCGCCUUUUCCCCCCGACUCCGCCUCUCUCCGUGGCGUCGCUCCCUCUGCCUCCCUCGAUCCCCGUGGCUGCAGAUCUAACGGACAGCGACGAGGAGGACGGCGCCCCACCGCCUGAGGCGCUAGGCGACGGUGUGCGGGACGCGGGAGACGAGGGCAGCGAGAUGGCCAGCAACGGUGCGGUGUGUGUUGUCUCUGCUGCCUCUGAGGCCGGCGCCGCCUCGGCGUCGUGCGCCUCUAGUAGCCGAGGCGAGUGCGCUGCUGAAGAGGAGGAGAUGCGCAGAGCUGAGGCAGACGCCCCACGGGUACGCGUGGAACACUCGGGCCGUGCAGAGGCCCCCGAAACGCACGCGAGGCGGCAGGGCAGCGAGAGAGAGGAGUAUGGCGAGCCGCAAGACAGCGACGCAGACCAGAGUCGAGACGCGGGCGGCGACGCCGGCGUGUCACAUUCUCCAUCUUCAGAGGGCGUGCCUGAGGCCAGUCGCGAAGGCGGAUGUGACGCAGCCAGAGGGACGGCGGCGGGUGCCGCGAUUGCUUCAGAGGGCGAGAGUGAAAUAGAGAGUAGAGAACUAGACGCCCAGGUUCAGAGCGAUGGCGGGCUCCUGGGGGAGGACUGGCGGGAUGCCGCGUUUGUCAGAACUAUGGCACGCGACGGACAGGGCAAAUGUAGUCUACGGGUACCGAGCGAGGAGGGAAGAGACAACGUGGAGAGAGCGCAAUCAGCGCAAUCGACAGAAGAUGCAGAUAGUGCAGACCGACAAGCCUCAAGUUGCGAUACCAAGAAAGGAACCCUGAACUUCACUCUUUUUCGCAAGAGGCUGAGUUUGUCUGUAGAAUGGAGAGGUGUCCCUGAGAAAGGAGAGGACGUAAGGGCAAGGAGCGAGCCCCAUGAUGCCGCCCGGUGUGCGUCGCCUCCCCAUUCGUCUUCAGCCUCUUCCAUUUUUUCGUUUUUCCCCUCUUCGCCGUUCAGGGGCAGGAGGCAACCCCCCGAAGGCAGUCCUUCGUCGCCUGCACUCCCCAGUGUAGCAUCCUCCUCAUUUUUUCCGCCUCUGUCGGUCUUGCCACACAAAAACUUUGGACGCGGCGAAAGCGACUCGUUGCCUGUUUCCCCGUCGCCUCCUCCGUCGUCUUCAGCUUCGUCCAGUUCGUCGUAUUCGCUUUUCCCUCGUUUCUCUGCGUCGCACUUUCGAUUCCUGAGUGGAGAAAGCGACGUCAGGUCUUCGCCGUUCGCUGCGUCGUCUGCGUUGUUUUCGCGCAUCCCUUCGCCAAGCAAAUGGAGAAAGGGCAGUGAGUCCAGUCCGUCUUCUCGUCAGGCAGCGGCGUUGGUUUCGCCGGCCGAUUCUGCGCUGUCUUCGUCAAUUUUCUCGUUUUCCGGCGAAUUUAAAGGCAGGAAGCCUGGCGGGCAAUACGGCAGCCCAGCAACUCCAUCGCCUUCUUUGUUUUAUACGUUCUUCACGGAGCCCGAUUCGUGUGCGCUGCCUCGCAGAAAGCGCGGCAGAAAGCGGGUGGGGAGCGCGCCGCUGCCCGCCUCAGGAUUCAAACUUCAAGUCAGUUCCCGCCGGCGGGCUUUGUCUUGCCCGUCGUUUUCCUCCUCCGCGUUUCAGCGGAAGACGAGAGAGCCAGAGGGCGGAGCAUGCAGGCGGUGUCCGACUCGUCACACGGAUGAGGCAGCACCGUACGGAGCUCAGGAACCCAGCAUAGAUCGCCUGACCGAAGAGCCGAGGAGCGUCGAAGCAGACUCAGGGGUAGCUGCGCAAGGCGGCUUUCAGGGGGCUGCUCCCGUGGAAAGGAGACCCUGUCGAAGUGCGUCCACGCCGUCACAGUUUUCUUCGCCUGGGCGCGGAGCAGAGAAGAGGAAUCUGUCCAUUUACGCCGGUGCAAAGAUAGGUAUGCGCGGCGCGCCUUCGUUCGGCCCCGUUGUCGCUACAUCUCACCGCGGACCGGCCGUCGGCGCGUGGUGCACAGGUUCCGCGGAGAAGGCAAAGCUCGCUUCGCCGCAGAACGACGCCGACGGGCGUGCGAGGCCGGACGCGAGCAUGUCUCGAGUCUGCCUGUCUGGCUGCGCGGCGGAGAAGGAACGCGAGCUCUGGAAGCUCGUGGAGGCCGUCAGCGUCCGCGAGAAAACGCGAGAGUACGAGAGGCUGAGCUCGCGCGCCCUCGCAUCCAAGCAGGAUAAGGCAGGCGCGCUGGCAGCGAAAGACGCCCAACGAGGAAAGAAGAUCUCGGCGAUCGUCGUCAAAAAGGCCGGCUCCUUGCCGCCGACCACCAAAGUCCUCUUCCCGAUCCGAGCCAAACAGCAGGAACUCGCACACGCUAGAGGAGAGGCAGAGAGAAGAGGCGGACAGCACCGGGAAGGCGAGGCGCGGUCAACCGGCGGCAAGAAACCGGCUGUCGGAAGGCUCGAGAAAACCCUGGUGAAGAAAGCAGCAGCGAAAGAGCGGCGGCCGCUGCCGUUGCCGCCACUCAAGCUCUUCGCCCUGUACGCGAGGCAGGAGCUCUCAGCGUCGCCUAGUCGGCAGCCUGUGAGGCAGCUGGCUGCACACGGAGAGGGCGCGCAGACGACGGGCGAAUGCGCUGGCCAUCUGCGAGGCGAACACAAACGUGAAACCGAGGGCAGUGACGUCAGAGAGGAGCGAACGCUUCGGGCACACCCUGAGGACACCCGCACGCCGCGGCAAGCGCCCGAGAGCCGCGCCGUCCGCACCCUCGAAGCUCUCCAGCGGGGAGAGUGCGAGGCGAAAGCGGAAGCAGCAGCCUGCGCAGCUGCUGCGCAAGAGAGCGGACCGCGAGGCGAAGACAGACACGAGUCCCGCCCAGAGAGACGAGUCGCAGAAUCGGAGGAGAGUUGCCAGGAGGACGAGCGAGAGCCCCGCCGGCCGGCGGAGGGACAUGUGCCGGAGACCUCUGAGGAGCCAGCGCCGAUGAUGGACGGAGGAGGCCAGCAGGAGGUGGAAAUGGAGACGAACGCAGGCGAGUUCGAGUUCGAAAAUGGAACAAACAGGGAGGAAGAGCAGGUGUGCGGAGAAGCCGGAGCCUCAGAGUGCAGCAGCGACCAGCAGCACCAGGCGGAGGUGGAGGGGGAUCCAGAGGUCGCGCGUGAGGCACUCGAAGGCUGUCUCAGCAACGGUGACCGCGCUGCGUUGACCGGGGAAGGGCUGACACAGCAGGAGGAAGACGGAGAAGCGAACAACGGGGACGCGACGAUUCCUCGCGCGCCAACGCUGGACGAGGACUCAGGCCGAGAUGAAGCCGGAGGCGAUGCCGUCGAUGAGGCGACGCCUUUGCUCACGGGGGUUGCGCCGACGCCUGCGGCAGAGCCUUUCCAGGAAUCCAAUGGAGAGGCCGAGGUCUCCUUAGGCGUGCGAGAAUGUGACCCAACGAAGGAAGGCCCCGGAUGCGAGCACGUCAUGGGGGCGAAGCUGGGCGAGACUAGGGAUGCGAUGUUCCCCGGCACCAGCCAGCGAAAAGACUCCCUGCCUCGUUUGGCUUCGCCCGCAACUGGCUCUGCGUCUUUCUCCGCGCCCGCUGCACUGUCCUUCGCCGCCGAUUCGUCUUCCCCCUCUGUCGUUUCACCCGCGUCGUGGUCGUUGCUGUGUUUCGACGGCGACGUUGAGAGCGGGCACGAGGGGCGUGCAAGUCUGUGUUCGCCGUCGACCUCUCCGCUGCUCUCGCCUCUUUCCCUCGCGUCUUCCGCUGUCCGCUAUCCCCCCAGCCGCGGCAGAGUCUGCCGUCGCGGGGCUGCGUCUUCGCGGCGCCGCAGAAAGACGGAUGCGCGGAAGGGAGAGAAAGCGAGGACUUCCAGAUCCGAGAAAACGAGGCCAUCCGGCAAUCCCCGGCGCUCUCGAGCCUCCAGCGACCCUGAGAGGGCCCAAGAGGGUGGAGACGAGAAGCCGCAUGUGGGCGUCUCCGUUGAACACGUGAACGAGGCAGUCACAGAAGGCGCCCACCAUGCCACGCCUUCUCUCCACGCCGCGGCCUGUCUCUCUUCGUGCCCUCUCUCCUUGUCUGGCCAGAGUUCCCCGUUGGCCUGUUCAUUUUCCUCUUCCGCAUCUGCUUCUUCGUCGGCGUCUGGGGCGUCUGCGCUCGCUGGCGCAUCUUCGUCUGCCUGCCCCGCUGCCUUCGCUCCCGCGUCGCCUUCCUACGGUUCGAUUUCUUCCGCGACACCGGCGGCUGCUUGUUCUUCCGCGUCGGCUUGGCCUCGCAGAGAGGCAGACGCGCUCGCGGUCUGCGGGCGUUCGCCGCGCUUCGUGCGCGUGGCUUCUUCGGCGGCGCCGAUGCUGUCUGUGGAGCCUCUCGCGCCUGCCUCGCAGGACGGGAAGAGCGCUCCGGCGGCGGAGGAGGCGACGAUUGACGAUGCGGCGGAGGCUUGCGAUGCAACUGGCAAGCAGCCAGCCGCGCGAGGAGAGGCAGAAGAAGCGAGCCGGCCUCCGUCGCCACAGAUUGUCGUUGACGUCUCAGAAGACGAACGCGCGGACAGCGGGUCGCCGGGCUCUGGGGUCCUCUCUCCACCGCCUUCGCCUUUCGCGACGCAGGUCGUGGCUGUUCCGAGCGAAGAGUCGGAGGACGAGCGCGUAAGCUCGGUCCGCCUGGAGUGUGCAUUUGCGUCGAUUUCCUCAGGAGGGAGCGAUGGAACGCCACAGCCAACCGCGUCGCCUUGCUCGCUUCCGGCACUCGACAUAGAGGAGGGGGAAGGGGACGCAGAAAGCGGCGACAGGCUGUCCACGAAUAUCAACGUGGUCUCUUCGUCCGAGCGCGAGAGUGCAGACGAACGCUGGACGGGGCGCUGGGCCUCUACGAUGCCCGAUGCCGACGACCAGGAAGAUGGGGAGACCGACGACGUCGAAGUCAGUCUCGAGUCUCUGCGGUCAGGCGCGGAGGAAGCCGGAGAGCGAAAUGAGCCCUUCUCGGCGUCGCCCGGCGGGACGCCUGGACGCGGCCCGUCGCCCGCGGGCGACGGCGGGUCGGACGAUGACGACGAAGUAAUUCUGCUAACGGAAGAUGCUUGCGAAGAGGAGGAACUAGAACUCCAAGAGCUGCUAGUGCCAGUGCAGACGUUCCGGGCGCGGACGCUCCUGGGUGAAGAGGAGGACUUAUCCCUCCGAGCGAGCUUUGCGCUGUCGAAACUCGGCGACGACGGCCUCCAUUUGCUGGUUCGGGAUCUGCCUUCUUCCGCGGCCCUGCGGGCGCCGCUUCACAGCCCGCCGGCGGCAGCUGCUGCUACGCCGAGGAGAUUCGCGCCCAUGUCGAGGCGCCAGGAGGCGGGCAGCGCGAGCCAGCCGCAGGGCGCGGCGCAGAGCGGAGACCUCGCGAGAAGGCUUGCCGCUGUCGAAGACGGCGGCAGACAGGAAGCCGACGACGCAGAGGAGGUGGGGGAGGAGAACGAAGGAACUGACGAAGAGCGAGGAAGCGAAGUCGGCCUGGCGUUUCAAGUCGAAAGAGAUCGCGGCCGCGAAGCAGCCUCGCAGGAGGACGAAGAAACGCUGGAUCUCAGCGGUCGUGAGAAUACAGAGGCCGAAGGGAUGGAAUAUCGCAGGAACGCGUUCUUGCCGGAAGAUCUCACUGGGGCGGAGAGGGGCUUGCGCCUGCGAGCAAACGACUUUGGCGUGGAGCGUGCGUCCAGCGACCGCGAAAUGGAUGCCCUGACUGAAGGCAAUAUUUCCGAUGAAGAGGCAGGCUCUCACGAUAUGGACGAAGAGGAGGCCGUCCCAGCCUGGGGCAGCCUCCCGCCUCUUCCUCGCGCUUGCCCUUCCGCCGCGCGUCACUCCCUCGACUCCCUCCCGCGCACGCCCUCGUCGUCGGCUCCAUCUUCUCGCGUGCGGCGUCGGCCCUCGUUGGCGCUGCCGCUUCCCGAGGCAGAGGGCGACGGAGACAGUUCCAUGUUCAUCACGCGGCAGGCGGAGACAGCUGAGGAGAGCUGGAAGCGACCAGCUGGCGGCACGGAGGCGCAUGACGGCCUUCUCUCCUUCAGGGCUGUAGAGGACGCGUUGCGCGAGCCCACGUCUUCGGCAGCGAUCCGUCCCGCUCCUGUCGCGCUGACGCCCCCGCCUGUGACCGCCUUGUCACAGGCCGCAGCGGUGAGUGCAGACUCGCCCCUCAGCUACGACUCAGGCCAGUCGAGGGGAGAGGACGAGGGCGGACACGUCCGCGAACUUACGCGUGAAACGGCGAGACGCGAGCGUCGAGAGAGCGCGAGAGAGCCGGGAGCAGCCAGACAGUGGAGGGACGAGGCAGGGAUUUCAUCGUUGGAAGGCGGGCAGAUGGGAGGCGCUCGCCUCCGAGAUCGAGAGAGGCAGUACGCGGACGCGCAGAGGGCGACGAGGGGGCUCUCGAGCCCGUUGCGGAGUCGCCACGCGCCGAGCAAGAAGACGAUUUCGGGCGGGGUCUCUGGCGCGGAGGGGAGGGGCACCAGAAAGCGGGGAAAAGCCGAAGCAACGCGACGCAACUCGAUUUCUCAGCGGGUGCCGCCGCAGUCGGUCUCGUCCGAGCUGAGAGAUCGCGGCAUGGAAGGGAGGGAGAGAGAAACAGAAAGAGAUGAGCGCGGGCAGCGGUCUGCACGGCUGCUGCCCAGCUCGAGGCUGCGAAGCCUGGGCGGCGGACCAGGCGACGCAGAGGCGCUGCCGCCGCCGCGGCUCCGGUCGACGCUGACGAUAACGGAGGAGACUGACGACGAGUUCCAGCGACGCGUGGGGAUGGAGAGCGCCAGAAAAGCGUGGACUAAUACACACGCGGAUGGCGACGACCCCUUCUCGCUGCGGCGUCUGCUUCGCGGAUCCCGCCUGCGAAUUGAGACGGACGAAGACCGGUCCGACAGAGAGGCAUCGAGUGCGUCCUCCCCUCCCGUCUUCGUCACUCCGACGGCGCACGGCUUCCAUCCCUCAUCUUCUUCUGGCUCUUCGCGCGCGUCCUCGUCAGCCUCCUCGUCUGGCAGGCCUCGUGCUUCCUUGGCGGAAGCCGGGAGCGAGCGGCGGUCUCCGCGCAGGACCAGAGUGGAGAAGCGAGAGGGCGCCUACGGCUUCUCGACCCGCCUCACAGUCGAAGUCAGCUCGGACGGGAGUGUGGCGGAGGACUUGCGCAUUCUGCGGAAAUUCGAUCGCUGCGAAGCGAACAAACCGCGUUGGGCGCGAAGACAAACGUGCGGAGAGGCCGCGGCCGCGGCGGAACUGCCAAAAGGAGAGGAGUUCUGGUGCGCACGCGAAAAGACCGCCGAGGCAGACCGGAAGCGUACACUGAGUUUCUUGACGAUUGCCACUGACGAAGACGAGGGCGAGGCAGCGCGAGGCCAGAAGAGCGCACAGAAGUCGCUGGGUCAUAUCACCGAUGCAAGGCACUUCAGAGAAAGCGCGAACAGUCUCUCGGCAGCGCCUGGCCACGAGCUGCGAGGCGAAAAGGUAGCGAACAAACCCGGGGGGCCGCGCGGAAAAUCCGCGACUGGAGGCACGAAGCGGCGUUUUGACGACGGACUAGCGUCGUCGCGGCCCGGAUCGCGAAACCCCGAGACAGGCGCAGCGCACGAGCAGGAAGCACAGGAAAAUGCGUUUUUGGAGGAUCUCAAGAUGCAUUUGCCGGGCGGGGAAACGGAGACGGGAAACGGGCUGUGGACGCCGGGGCUCUCCACGCUGCCCACAGAGGAAGGCGACCAGGAGGGGGAUUCUUUCGGUGACAAGAAGUUCGAAGAAAUCGUGCACUGCGAGCGAGUUCAGGCAGCGGUGAGCCGCAGCGACAAUGCCAGGCCGGGGCUGCGGACUCUGGCCUCUGGGACGGCGACGAAGGGCGCGGCUGGACAAGAUGAACGCGCGCGCCGCAAGUUCAAACAGGCGCUGGUGGCGAAGACAAAGAGAGACGAACCCGGCCGGCGACGUCGCGAACGCGCGGAUAGCGACGCAGACAGCGACGCGCUCAGCGACAUCAUCGCGGGCCUGAAGGCAGAGUUGACUCGGCGAUCGACUUACUGGUGGAGAAGCGCCAUGGAUGCGUUCUUCCGCUCUGCUCUCCUAAGCAGCUACGAGCUCCUCGGCACGCAGGGCGCCGCCGGCGUCCUGAGGGGCGAGCUACCCGGCCCCAACGCCGUGUCUCUGUUGAGCAGCAACUGGCACGACCGGCUCCAGUGGAGCUUUCGGCAGGUUGUCGCGGAAGCGCGCAGCGCCGCGCCUGAAAGCCAGGAGCAGCUGGCGGACAAGGAGCUGCUUCUCUGCAAAGAGCUCGGCUACUUCACUGCGGCCGCGCGCGCGGCGGCCGUCGUGCUGUCUUACGCGUAUCCGGCUGGCGACUUCAAUUCUGCGUCGAAUCAAGAGUACUUCGUGAGCGACGCUCCGGAGAGCCGACCGACGCGCAAACAGAAACUGAAGCAGGCCGCGCGGGAGGCAGAGAGCGACGACGACUGGGAACGCGACACGCGCGAGGUCCGACGCAGGCAAGAAGCCCAGCGCCGCAAACUUGGCGUCGCGGGAUGCUUCGUGCAAGUCACGCCCCAGAACCUGCCUGCAGUGUGGAGAGUCUAUAGACCCAAGUUCGACGACGACAAGGUCUUUGUGUUUGACAGCCUGGUGCUGACAGUGGUUCACGGCUCUCGCCGGCAGGGUGUCUCGACGCGCUCGGCUCGCAAGAUCUACGCGAACGACUACAAGGGCCGGCAGGCGGCGGCGUCAGUGAUUUACGAGAUGAACACCACGGCAGAUCUCUCGGCAGACGGCGGCACCGAGGAGUUCCUCAUGUCCGACGUGCAUCGGCGGCAGCUGCAGUUCGCGCGAGGCGCGGAAGACCCCGACUUCCAGCGAACGGACUACGCACUGCCCGUCUGCGCGCUCGUGGACUACUGCGGGCAGCGCAUCAUGGUUGAGCCGCUGAUGCCGAUCGCGCCGGAGCCGACAAACGUCGAGGAGGAGUUGGUGGAGUGCCUGCGGAAGGAGCUGCCGUUCUACGUGCAGCAGUGCAAAGUGCGAGGCUCGGAGUUCCUCGCGCUGGACGCGAUCGACAAGAUCGACCGCAUGGUCAACCAGAAGUUCCGCUUCAUCUCCAAGUCGCUGAACCUCCUGGGCUGCCCGUUCGCCUUUGGGCACUCGGACUUUGCGCAGUCGUGCCGUAUGCCGCGCGCGCAGCUCUGGCGCUCACGCGUCGACCAGCUCUGCGUGCUGCGGAAUCUGCACGAGUUUCUCCCGCCGACUGUCUCCAAGGGCGCUGUGCAUCCGACGUGGAGACUGCGGGAGCGGUUCGUCCGCCAAAUCUUUGACGCGCCGCUGCCCAGCACCGCCUCCGCGCCUUGGAGUGGCGCCGCGACCGAGGAGAAGGAGUUCUCAAAGUUCACGCGAAUCGCCAAGCCCGGCAGCGGCAUGGAGCUACUGGAGACUGCCCACGAGGCCCUGGAGGAGUGUGUGCAGGACGACUUGGUGCCUUCGAUCGAAGCGCUAUGCGUGAACUUUCUCGACAGCGCAGACGUCUCGCACGCGCUCCACGAGCAAGGCAUCAACAUGCGCUCGCUGGGCCUUGUUUACAACCAGUGCUCAGGCAGCGUGUUUCGCGACGCCGCCCUCCGCGAAAUGCUGGCGAGGGCCGCCAAGCACCUCUUCUUGAAGCAGGUGGAGGUCCUCGUGGGCAAGAAAGUUUACAGGAAGGUGCUGUGGGGGGAGUUGCUUCAGAGCGCCGUCGUCGCAUUGUUCAACGUUGUGCUGGGCACCACCGAGGAGACGCGGAGCUUCUGGCAGGAGCAACUCCUGCCGGAGGUGGCGGAGGUCUUCGGGGUCGACCUCGUCGGGAGUGUGAGCCCCAGAAACGUCUGCCUCCUCUCGCUCUUCAAGGCCAUGGAGUUCCGCAUGGGCGUCAAGUUCGAGGCCUCGGUGCUUCGAAAGACGCAGUCAGGCAAGGGCGAAGCGCUGGUGCUGCAGCUGCCGUUCACGACUGCCGAUCUCUGCCCGUUCACCUCGUGUCGCGAUUUGGCUCUCUUUCCACACGUCGAUUUCAUUCGCAGUCUCGUGACGCAGAGCGCAGACGCCUUCGCGAGCGCUGCAGAGUGCCGGCCAGAAGACUUGAGGGCGAAGGGGUCGCCCUCCUCGCUGGGGGCGGGCGUGGGCGGCCGCGAGGGCGCCGAGGACGCUGGGUCAGAUGUCUAUCCGCCGAGCUUCCUUGAUCUGGAGAAGAAGAAAGAAAGGACCAAGGCGGUUCUCGCGGGCGUCUCUGGGCUCCGGGAGACCUUCUCGUCGUCCACUUUGUCGAGCGACGAUGAGUCCGUCUGCCCGAAAGCCGAGGGAAGGGGCGACAAGCUCGCGAAAGACGAGCAAGAGGACGAAGAAGACCGGCAAAUGAUGAACCGGGAGAAGGAACUUGCGGCGCUCACGAAGCGGAUGGCGGACUCUUCCGGCCGAGAAAGGCAGCUAAACACGCACGCGCAGACCCUCGCGGGGCUGCGGGCCGUCCGCGGCUUCUUCCCGCAGGUCCAAACAGUUCUUCCAGGCUCCCUGGGCAUCAUUCGCACCGCCCUUGGGCAGGCUGAGCGCUUCCCCUCGAACGCCGACGUGUCCAUUGAGACGAAAAUCCAUCAAAUGAAGGCAGGCUUGACCGUGGCGAAUCGACUUCCGAUGGUCUACGGGACUGCGGGCAUGGCGUCGUACGGGCUUGACGGGGCUAUCCGGGCCUCCAUUCUGGGCGUCGCCUACCCGUGUCACCCGCACUGCAUGAAGUCCUUUCCGGACGCCCCCACGAUGCCGCCGCUUCUGGCGCAGGUGCGCGAGCGCGUGGAAACCAACACGGCGAAAAAGGAUCGUCGCAGCGUGCUUGGGCAUCGCGAAGAGAGGCAUAAGAAGCAGAGCCAGGGUGGGAAAUGCCUCGUCUUUGAGGGGUUCCGCGUCAGCCUCGCGCUCUACUUGACUGUCCACGCCAUGGUGGCAAGCGACAUCGUGACGAUCGGAAAGAUCGCCACGCAGCUGGCUUACGUUCUCCUGCAGCACGGCGAGACGAAGCAAGCCCUCGCUGCGGCGGACUACAUCCAGUCCAAGUUGCCAGACAUUGGCUUUCUCGACGGAGAUGCGAGGCUCAUUCAGCUCCAGUGUCAAGUCAAGAGCAGGAAGCUCCACAGCAUGGUGCAGACCUACAAGGAGCUCGUCCCGGAUUUCCUCUCCCUGGAAGGCCCGCUGUCCCUGCGCCUAAUGCUCAUGGAGCUCCUCCUCGCCGCAGUCGCGUUUCAACAGAAGCAGUACACCGCGGUGAUUCCUUCAGGAUUGAAGGUCUACCAUGCCUCCGCUCUGACCGUGAAUCCCAACGGCUGCCACUGGACAGGCGUAGCGGCGCUUCGUCUCAUCGGCAAAAGUCUGAUGGAGCUCCAGUGUUACUCGGAGGCCAUCACCGUUCUGGAGGACGCCGUCCGCGGAGGCCAGAGAGACGCUUCGCUCCCGUCCUUCGUCACUUGCAUGAAUCGCUACUGGCUGGCGGUCGCUCUCUCCAAGGUCGGACGCUUCCAGGAUGCCAAGGAGAAGGCGUCUGAAGCCUUGCACCAACUCGAAGACCAACUUGGCACAAACCAUCCGGCUACGCUUUCAAGUCUCUUCCUCGUUGCCGAGUUAGAUCAAACGCUCGGGUGCGAGGAGCUGGUCGCCCCGCCUCUGAGCAUCAUAGACGGCGAAGAAACGCUGAUGAAGGAAUUCGGCCGCGCGGCCUGCGAAGACGUCGGCGAGCUCAUGCGAUACCGUCCCAUCGGCCCGCAGGACCUCGAAACAAUCGAGAAGGUCGCUCACGAUCGCGUGCGAGCUAAGUGCAGACAGAACGCCGUCAAGCUCUUCACGUCUCUCUUUGGGCGGCUGUUCACCGGAGACCAGUAUCUAUACGUGACGGAGGAGCAGUACAGGGACAGCAAAAUUCAACGGAAACAACGACUUCUCGCCGCCGUCAAACACACCCUCAUGGUCAAAAUGUGUGAUCUCCCGCUGCCAACUCAAAGGAUCCUGGCCUAUCGUCUGUACGUCCUCUGCGUGAGUCAGAGCGGCUCCUCCUUUUUGAAGCGCCUCGUGGCGAUGGAUCGCGAGGGGCUGUUCCCGCGCGACGACCAAGAGGCCGAGAACGGGCCUCUGGGAAGUCCCUCAAGCAAAGCGCUCCGCGGCGCCGCGGCCCAAGACGGCGAGGGAGGCCAGCGGAGCCGGGAGUUUCGAGACAGGGACGACGCACUCCUCGACUUGGACGACUUCUUCAUGUUCCACCGCGCGACCUCCACCUACGGCACGAACGUCGUGUCGCAACGCAACGUUCUCGCGGCCACAGUGAAAAUCGACCCCAGCGAACUGCCGAUCCGCGAACACGGCAUCCUGAUGAUGACGCUGCUGGUGUUUGCUCGGCCGUCGCCUGACAUCUCGGAAGUUUUGGAGCAGUGCGUCGCCGACUGUCGGAUGGAGUCGGGGCUUGUCCCUGCCGCCUGGUUCGAUCGGUUGCUGGCGCGCAUCAUCGAGGAGAACGGGACGCCCGACGACUUGGUCUUUUUCGUCUCGAUGCUUCGCACUUUCUACGCGCCCAUCCAGAAACGCAUUUUCCUGUUUUUCCUGCACGAAGAGUGUGGGAGGGCGGAUGUCAAUCCGGGGCUCCUCCACUCGCAGGCUGCCAAGCGCGAGCUCUACAUCGACACCGUCAAGAAACUGAUUCAAGUUCGCAUGAACAAUGCACGCUUCCGCGAAUACACCAAGCUGAAGAAGAUCCGCGAGAAAAACAAGAGAGACAAGAAAAUGCUAAAGAAGCGCGAGCUCGAGGAUACCGCCCUGAUCGACGGCACCGACGGAACUGAUAUCCGAUUUCUCGAGUACACCAUCGAGUCACCGGACGCUUCUGACAGCGAAGAGUUCUUGGAUGACACCACAGGCCUCGUCAACAGCUGCGUAUGGAAUGGGGUGUCUCUGCAGAAUUUGAACGCGCGUUUGACGGAGCAGCUGCUUCACCAGGAGUUCCUCGAGAAGGAGCAUGUGAGGGACAUCGGCGCGCUAACGAGGGCUGCGCGGGCGGGCGCGAAGGACGAAGAUUUGCGAGUGAACGUGGAGCGGCUCUCCGCAGCCGACCGCAGUCUCCUGGGCAGGGGUCUCAUCUCUGGGCGGACGGCCGUCAGGCCCAUGGGCCGCGCAGCCGAAAUUUCGAUUCAGAAAUUCGGCACGGAGGGCGGCCUCGUGGUGAACUCCCUCCCUUCUGCCUCCCUCGCGUACAACUUGGACAAAAUCGAACGCAUUCCUGUGCAGGAACGAGAAGAAAACCAAGUCCUGCGCGGCGUCCACGUCGAAGGCGGGUUCGUCCCGUAA